AUGAAGAUGGAGCCGGGCCGGCCGGCCUCCCCCGCGGGCGGCGCGCGCCCCGACCCCGACCCCGACCCCGAGCCCGAACCCGGCGGGCCCCACCGGCCGGCAGCCGCGCCCGCCCCGCGCCGGACACUCGGCGCCCCGGAGCCCGGAGCCUGCGCGGACGCCCGCGGGGCCGCCAACCCCGGCCCCGGCCCGCGCCCGCCCUGCGCCGCGGAGCCCGACGGCGUCUGCCCCCCGCCUUGCCCCGACGCCGCUCCUCUCCGCGGACGGGCUCUCGGCCACGGUCCGCUCGCGGGCGGCGACGUGGGCUUGUUCCCCGGCUUCCCGGCGCCCGCGGGGGGCGAGCUGGCCCUGGACGUGGGCCCCGAGGCCCCGGGGCGGCCCCCGGACUUCGGCCACCCCUGCCCGCUCGCGACCGAGCCCGCCGCGUGUCCGGAGGACGGCCCCCGCCUCCGCGCCGUGUUCGACGCCCUGGACGGCGACGGGGACGGCUUGGUCCGCAUCGAGGAUUUCGUCCAGUUCGCAACGGUGUACGGCGCGGACCAGGUGAAGGACUUAACAAAAUACUUGGACCCCGGCGGGCUUGGUGUGAUCAGUUUUGAGGACUUCUACCGAGGGAUCGCUGCCAUCAGGAACGGAGAGUCCGAUGGCCAGCUGUGCGGGGUCGCACCUGCCCAGGACGAGGAGCCGCCCGCCUGCCCCGAUGAGUUCGACGACUUCGUUACCUUUGAGGCCAAUGAGGUGACAGACAGUGCAUACAUGGGGUCUGAGAGCACCUACAGCGAGUGUGAGACCUUCACCGACGAGGACACGAGCACCCUGGUGCACCCUGAGCUGCAGCCUGAGUGCUUGGACACCAUGGAGGAUCCCGGCCAUGGUGCUCUGCUGCUGCUCCCGGGCAGAUCCCACCUGCACAGCCAGUCCGUCGUCACUGUGAUAGGUGGCGAGGAGCAUUUUGAGGACUAUGGCGAGGGCAGAGAGGCAGAGCUGUCCCUGGAGACCCUCUGCAGUGGGGAGCAUGGCUGCAGAGACCCCGCUUUCCCCACCCCCAGCACCGACCCGCUUGCUGCAAAGCUGCACAGCAUCCUCACUGAUGAGGCUUUUGAGUUUUACUGUAGCCAGUGCCACAAACAAAUCAACCGCCUCGAGGAUCUUUCCGCUCGUCUGAGUGACCUUGAAAAGAAUAGUCCAGCGAAGCGGCUCUCCAGCAGGAAGGUGGCAAGGCACUUGCACCAAUCGGGGGCCCUGACCAUUGAGUCCCUGCAGGACCCUGCCCCAGACCCCGUGGAGGGGAUGGAGGAGGACAUUGCUGACAAGGUUGUGUUCCUGGAGAAGCGGGUGUCGGAGCUGGAGAAGGACACAGCUGCCAACGGGGAGCAGCACAGCCGCCUGAGGCAGGAGAACCUGCAGCUGGUGCACAGAGCCAAUGCCCUUGAGGAGCAGCUGAAGGAGCAGGAGCUGCGAGCCUGUGAGAUGGCGCUGGAGGAGGCGCGGAGGCACCGAGAACUGGUGUGCAAGUUGGAGCGGGAGCGGAGCAUCGAGGUGGAGAGCCUGCAGGCCAGGCUGCAGCAGCUGGACGAGGAGAACGGGGAGCUGAGGUCCUGCACGCCCUGCCUGAAGGCUAACAUCGAGCGCCUGGAGGAGGAGAAGCAGAAGUUGCUGGAUGAGAUUGAAGAGUUGUCCCUGCGGCUCAGUGAUGAGCAGGAGAACAGGAGGAAGCUGGGGGACAGGUUGAGUCACGAGAGGCACCAGUUCCAGAGGGACAAGGAGGCCACCCAGGAGCUGAUUGAGGACCUGCGCAGGCAGCUGGAGCACCUGCAGCUUUUCAAGCUGGAGGCCGAGCAGAGGAGGGGCCGGGGCAGCAGCGUGGGCCUGCAGGAGUACAACAGCCGCACCCGCGAGAGUGAGCUGGAGCAGGAGGUCCGCAGGCUGAAGCAGGACAACCGGAACCUGAAGGAGCAGAAUGAUGAGCUCAACGGGCAGAUCAUCAACCUGAGCAUCCAGGGCGCCAAGAACCUCUUCUCCACGUCCUUCUCAGAGUCCCUGGCUGCGGAGAUCAGCUCUGUCUCCCGAGAUGAGCUCAUGGACGCAAUUCAGAAGCAGGAGGAGAUAAACUUCCGCCUGCAGGACUACAUUGACCGCAUCAUCGUGGCCAUCAUGGAGACCAACCCUUCCAUCCUGGAGGUUAAAUAGAGGCAGGAAGGCCCAGCCGGUGGGCCCAGCACCCCAUCCGCACCCAAGAGAUGGCCACAGUGCGCGCACAGCUGAGACCAGCGGCUGGGCUGGGGUGCAUUGACGGGUCUGCAGAGGGAGAACAGUGGGAGCCCUGGGAUCGGGGCCCAUGCAGGAGAGGGUAGGACUGGGCCUACUGUCCGCAGAGAUGCAGAGACCACAUCUCAGGCUCAGGCGAGCCCUUCUGCAAGCUCCCGCCCAUGUGGAGACCCCCUGCCGCCCUGCCCAUCAGGGAGGAGAGGAAGGCUACAUCCCCGCGGUGUGCUGCCCCGUGCCUCACCUGGACGUCACAGGGGCCCCAGGACCCUCUCGCCACAGGCGGUGCUGUGGGGAGUACAGGUGGGCGAGGCAGUGCACACUAGGGUCCGCUAGAAGCCGCAGGACCCGUCAGCUGCUCAGGCCAUGAGCUGCCAGGCGCACUGCAGUCCAGCUUCAGACCCAGGGACCUCCAGGCCACGCAGCUGUUCCCACGGCCCAGACCCUUGCUGCACUAACCCCCCUGGGGGCCGGGGCAGGAACCUCCGCUCUGAGUCAGGACUCGCGAGUCGCUCCAUGUGGAGUGUGCUCUCCGGAUGGGGUGCGGUGCGGGUGGAGAGUGGAGAGUGUCCUGGUGAGAAACGGCGCCCCCGUGGCCGUGGCCACCCUGGGUGAGGUCCCGAUCCCCAGGCCAGAGGCCCAGUGUCUGGAAGCAGCUUCCUCUGGGAGUUGGAAGCCACUGAUGUGGCCGUCCUUCCCCGAGCCACGUUCUGUGGGAGGCCGGGCGGUGCAGGUUGUCAGGAGCAGAGAACAGCCCCCCAGCAACGUGGGGCUUCCUUCGAGGAGGCCGUUGCCUGGCCCUGGUUCACCCCUGCCAGGCUCUGCCCACUGUGGGGGCUGCUGGGCCUGCCCCCACCCUGAGCCUGAGCACGGACCAGGAGCCCCUGAGUGCUCCCGGGUGGGUCAAGGCCCUACACACAGGCUGGCCAUGCUGUGUGCGAGGGCGUGUGUGAGGCGUGUGUGUGCGUGUGCGUGCGUGUGUGUGGGCGUGUGUGCCCCCUGCAUCCUCCAUCCUCCCUGUGGCCCACAUUGUACACUAAGAUUUAAGACGUUGCCUCGUAUUGUACAUUUUGGGGAAAGCCUUGGGUGUAAAUCAGUGUAAACUUGCAGGAGAGAUUUUUCUAUCAUGUAGAGUAGGUAUUUUUUAUAGAUUGAAGGUUGAUCAAUUUUUUAAUACUUCCAAGAGAGAAAACUAUCUGUGUAUACACAUAAAAUAUAUAUAUGUAUGAUAAUAAAUACUGGAACUCUG